AUGACAGUGAACUUUCAAAAGCAUGGCGCGGCGCUACAGUCCGCGUAUGAUCGAGUCAUCUCGUCCAAAUCGAACGAAGAAUGGGCUAUAUUCGACUAUGAAGGCAGCUCUAAUGUCAUAAAAGUUGGCGACGAAGGAGACAAUGGUCUUGAGGAAUUCGCUACAAGUUUCAAUUCGGGAAGACUGCAAUACGGCGUUAUUGGUGUUCGUCUCUCGAAAAACGCUCUCCCUAAGAUUGUCCUUGUGCACUGGCAAGGAGAGGGAGUACCGUCUUCGCGACUCGUUUCGGCUACGUCUCACAUUGACGCCGUGCGACGAUUUUUAAAGAUGGUCCAUGUGACGAUCUACGCGAGAAGCGAAAUCGACAUCGAGCCGGACGUGAUCCGUAGAGAAGUCGCCAAAUUACCUGCCACAGCCUCAUCACCAGGUCAAUACCAAGGCGACAGUGAUUUGGAUCGACACACACCCCCACAGAGAAGGGUAGUGAAUAGUCCAAGCAAACUCAACUCACAACGAAUGGAGAUGUUCGAGAAAAAAGAUCAAACUAGCCCCACUCCCUCGAGCUCGUUCUCACACCACGACAAAAAAGUGGAUUCACCCCUUCCUGCAAUUUCCUCGACAUUCUCGUCAUCCGUUACAGUGUCUUCUCUGCAUAAUAGCAGCAAUUCAUGUUUUUCGGCCGCUCCUUCGCCCAACGACUCCGGAUACGAAGCCGGUGCCAGC